AUGGUGGGCGCCUCCCCCACGUGGUCUAUAGCUCCCAAACACGGCUACACGAGUCGGGUAUACGACGCCCUUAAGAAAGCCUCCAAAAGCAAUCACUUCACCGUCUACUGGAAGGAUGACAUACCGGAGCACUUCCAUUACAAACACAAUCGACGGGUAUUACCGAUAUUUCUGAUGGCCGAUGAGGGCUGGGAUGUGUUCAAAGAGGGCAAGAAGUGGAGGCCGAAGGGCUAUCCCGUGUGGGGUAAUCACGGGUGGGAUAACACUCUGCCGUCAAUGAGACCCCUAUUUGUGGCGAAAGGACCGGCGUUUAAGUCGAGAUAUGUGCACAGCCGGGUGUUUCUCAAUACCGAUCUGUUUCCACUUAUGUUACAGAUAUUAGGACUUCCCUCUAAGCAGUUCCCAAGUGAUGGUUCACUCGAUAAUCUGUUUCCACUUAUGUUACAGAUAUUAGGACUUCCCUCUAAGCAGUUCCCAAGUGAUGGUUCACUCGAUAGUGUUGUCGAUUUGUUGGCUAAUCAUCGAUUCAAAUGA